UGGAGUAAAGUAACAGUGCAGAAGUUGGUAUAUGCAGACUGAUGUGUCCUGGGCAGGGUCAAAAGUGCUAUAACCAUAUAAGUAGUCUCUUGUUCCUUCCCCAUCACAGGCCCCUCAAAGCUUCAGACCUUCUCCCUGGCUCUCCACACCAAGACACUGGACGGAGGUGACUGAGAUCCUCCCUUGUCCAAUACCCUGAGAGAAGAAAGGAGGUGCAGCAGAUUCAUCCAGGCUGUCCCUGGAGGUGACCCGCCGCAGCCCGGCGAGGUCCAGGCCGCAGUCUGCAGAUCUCAGGCGCUUGCUGCUCUCUGACGCCCACCGGGGACCCCGGAAUCGCACCUUCUACUCUCAGCGCACCUAAGGGCGCCAGCAGUGACCGCGACGCUGGGGAAAAGGCGGCAGGAAGACGCAGCUGAGAGAUAAGGGUGAGGAGGCUCUGGAGGGACGCGGGAGAGGGCCGGGAGCGGAUCGCGAAGAGAGAGGGCCGGCGAGGGCAUCUGAGGUGCGCAGGGGUGGCUGACGCGGGGUCGGAGUGUGAGCCAGCGCUGCCGCCCCUCGGAGCGCAGAUCCCCUUCAUCACGCGAGUGUGGCGCCGGGUCCCUCGGAGCCGGCCACCCCCUCCUCCUUCCUCGCGCUGCCCCGGCUCGGUCCCGCCCCCGGCGCUCAGGAGCGAGCGCCACAGCGGUCGCCGCCCUCCAGCCCGGCCGCCGCUUUGCCAGCUCGCCUGGGCACGCUGCGGGAGCGGCCGCGUCGCCGGCCCAGGCUCCACUACGGUUCUACUACGCGGCCAGCCCACUCCGCGCGCUAGCAGCUGCGCUUCACGUAGAAGGAACGGGAGUAGGACCCUGACAAGACAGGCGCGUUGGGCUGGAGACGGAGCCCCGAGGCUAUGCCCGCUGCCCCACGCUGUACCAGUCGCUCGUCGUGUGCCCAGGCCGGGCCCCCGACGGCCGCGCGUUGAGAUGACUUUCCGCGAUCUCCUGAGCUUCAGUUUCGAGGGACCCGGCUCGGACAGCAGCGCCAGGGGGACUGGUAGAGGGGGAGGCGCGGGCGGCGCUGCCGCCUCGGAGGGCCAGGCGGUGGACGGCGUGCCCGGGGCCGCGGGCGGCGGCGGCGGCGUGGUGGGCGCGGGCAGCAGCGAGGACAACCGGAGCUCCGCUGGAGAGCCCGGGAGCCCCGGCGCCGGCGGCGAGGUGAAUGGCACAGCGGCCGUCGAGGGGCUGGUGGUGAGUGCUCAGGGAGUGGGCGUGGGCGUCUUCCUGGCAGCCUUCAUCCUCACAGCUGUGGCGGGCAACGUGCUGGUCAUCCUCUCGGUGGCCUGCAACCGCCACCUGCAAACGGUCACAAACUAUUUCAUUGUGAAUUUGGCUGUGGCCGACCUGCUGCUGAGUGCCACAGUGCUCCCCUUCUCGGCCACCAUGGAGGUUCUGGGCUUCUGGGCCUUUGGCCGGGCCUUCUGCGACGUCUGGGCCGCCGUGGACGUGCUGUGCUGCACGGCCUCCAUCCUCAGCCUCUGCACCAUCUCGGUGGACCGGUACGUGGGUGUACGCCACUCGCUGAAGUACCCCUCCAUCAUGACCGAGCGCAAGGCAGCAGCCAUCCUGGCGCUGCUCUGGGCCGUAGCUCUCGUCGUGUCCGUGGGGCCACUGCUGGGAUGGAAGGAGCCGGUGCCCCCUGACGAGAGCUUCUGCGGCAUCACAGAGGAGGCAGGCUAUGCUGUCUUCUCCUCCCUGUGCUCUUUCUACCUGCCUAUGGCAGUCAUCGUGGUCAUGUACUGCCGCGUGUAUGUGGUGGCGCGAAGCACCACGCGCAACUUGGAGGCGGGCGUCAAGCGCGAGCGCGGCAAGGCCUCAGAGGUGGUGCUGCGCAUCCACUGUCGCGGCGCCAGCACUGGCUCAGCUGAGACCCACUGGGGGAUGCACAGCACCAAGGGUCGCACGUUCCGCAGCUCACUGUCGGUGCGUCUGCUCAAGUUCUCCCGCGAGAAGAAGGCGGCCAAGACGCUGGCCAUUGUCGUGGGCGUCUUUGUGCUCUGCUGGUUCCCCUUUUUCUUCGUCCUGCCACUGGGCUCCCUGUUUCCACAGCUGAAGCCCUCAGAGGGCGUCUUCAAGGUUAUCUUCUGGCUGGGCUACUUCAACAGUUGUGUGAAUCCACUCAUCUACCCCUGCUCCAGCAAGGAGUUCAAGCGUGCCUUCUUCCGCCUCCUGCGCUGCCAGUGCCAUCAUAGUCGCCAGCGCCGCCGCCCACUCUGGAGUAUCUACAGUCGCAACUGGCAAGCUUCAAACGGCAGCCCACACCCAGACUGCACUCCUGGCCCAGGUGCCAUACCCACCAGGGCCCCACAGGCCUUCACUGUGCCCUCAACCCCUGGCUCCCUGGGCGCACCCAAAGCACAGGCUCCAGCUGUCCCCUGUCGAAAGAUGCCCUGCACCUUCCGUGAGUGGAGGCUUCUCCGGCCAUUCCAGAGACCUGCUGCCCAGCUGCAUGCCAAAGUCUCCAGCCCGUCGCAAAAGAUCCACACCAGAGAGGCCACGUGCGCCCUGCACUCAGAGGUGGAAGUGGUGUUCUUAGGUAUCCCCCACGAUGCAGCUGAGGGUACUACCUGCCAGGCUUAUAAACUGGAGGACUACAGCCAUCUCCAAGAGACUGAUAUUUAAGGACCUUGAGUUAGGCCAAGGAGUAUGCUGGGGUGGCGGGAAGGGUAUGGAGAAGGAGACUGUCUUUGUUCAAGAGGCUGGUAAGAAUCAGAGACCCAGAAACUAAUCAGCAUCAGUUUUGGCAACUGCUCUCCAGCAUCUGUGAGGAACUGAGAUGGGUUGAGGGUUUUGAAAGUUAUGGGCUCCCCAUCCUGGACACAGACGCCCCCAGCUCCUCCUUUCAAGAGAGGGGCUACAGGCUCCUUGAGGCCAUUUGCUUCCAAUCCCUGCUUGAGAAACACUGCCCCGUCUAUGCUGUGAAUCCUGGGUAGGUGGCCCCAAGUAUAGCCAGGCAGCCCUGUCCCUCCUCUUGGGGAGGAAAGGACACAGAGGCCUUGCCUGGCUGUUCCCAAUGCCUCCCCUCCAGGAAAGGUCGCUGGGGCCAAGGAUUCUCAAUGGACACAAUUUCUCCUUAGUGCAGACUGGAGAAAUCCAGUGAGCGUGCCAUUGCCACCGGCAUACUUUGGUGGCAGAAUAAAGGACUGUCCUAGAAGCCUAUUGUAUAACCUGCAGGCCACUCUGCCCUACAGAGGCUCUGCCUUACCCCUCAUUUUGUCUUCCAAAGGGCCUUGCUGUUUACACUCUGUAUAUAGCUCCUUAUGCCUGUGCCCAUCACUUCUUGCUGGGAUCUAGAACCAUCAAAUGGGGAGAGCUUUGUCAUUUUUAGACAUAUUUAUUGGUCAGGGUACUUCUAUUUUCUCCAAACUGUGCAAACUGUUCCUCUUUAGCUUACAACCCAUAAAGAACUCCUUUUUGUACUAAAGGCCCACAACAGGAUAAAUUGAGUUAUCCUGUGAUCUGUGUUCACUUUUUAGUCUCAGCCUAACUGUCUCUUUAACUGAUGGCUACUCUCCUUUGGGACUGAUGACCGAUCAGCAUGACCAAAAGAUUGGGAAUUUUGUUGGCUCUUAAAACUCACAUAAUUAGUCUUUGAAAGCAAACAAAGUUUAAUUUUUUCAGUCUCACCAGAUGCAUCUGUGAUGCUCUCAGGGCCUCAGUCUGGAAGGUGGCCAUCAGUAAAAUGGGUGAAACAUUACUUUACAUGAAAAAAUAUACAACCCCAAGUAGACGUGUGUACAUGGUGAGUGAGAAAACACCUACCUGGAACUGUGCUUAUUAGCGCUGAUGGUUCAACAAACCAUCCAAAAUUUGUUAUAUUCCCAAAAGGGUAUAGGUAGUUCAGUCUUCAGCUAGAUAAUACCAACCACACAUAUCCAACCAGCAAAGGAAUGAUGAUGGUAGCCCAGUGGACCUUUGGAAGGAGAACUGCUAGAUAACACCCUGGGGUGUCUGGAGUGGAGGUGUUCUGAAACAGGAAGAACCAACUGCUGGGGCCAACAUGGACCAGUAUUUUCAACCAGAAGCUUCCUGUAGUAGGGAGAUAGUCUGUUGAAAAGGUCACCACAAAUUCAAACUCCUCAUCCCAAUAUUACAAGGUAAAAAGACAGCCAAUAUCAUCUGGGCUCAGGAGCAGAAAUUUCGCCCUGUGGAUCUAGCAAGUACUGGACUUUCAGGCCUGGCAUCCCCCAAGGCACAGGAGGAGCAGUUAAAGGCAGAUACUGGGAGCAUGUUGCAUACAUCAAAGAGGGCCCCAUCUUGCAGCACAUUGGCUGCCCUAACACUGGGAACACUGGCACAGCCCCCAGAAUCUUCUCACAGAGGUGGGGCCAUCUGUCAAAGCAAGAAGGCAGACCCUUAUGUCAAUGUAUUGAACACUGGGCUUCCGAGCAGGAGAGUUCAACAGCAGGGGAGGGUCUCUUAGAGGGUUCCCACAUGCCAAGGCAGUUGAGCCCACAGGAGGUCCAUAGUGGGGACAAGGGAUAAAUGUGGAGAGAUAGCUUUCAUCAGAAGGAUUUAAGUGGUGGGGGAGGGGGGCAGGGGUUGCUCCCUGUCCUGGAUGACAGUGGAUGUAGAGACAGGUGGGGUCAGCAGCUUGCCCAGUACUUUCUGUAGGCUUGAUGACCAAUCAACAAAACAUGUCUGACCUUUAAGCCUCAGCUUCAGUCUCCUGCACAUGGGGCCCUCAGCACAAAGCUGGCAGCCUCUUAUGCCCUCCAUACCAGGGAACAAGCCUUCAGGAGAGGGGGGUGGGGCUACAGAGUCCCUAGAGAGGCUGUACCACAGCAAGGGCAUCCAGUGACCCAGUUCUAAACAUCAAUAAAGCACUGAGUUGCUGACUUUGUUCUCAGGACAUGGCAAAGAGUCCUGGAAUAGCCAAGAGGAAUGGAGGGAGUAGUAACAGCCUUUCUAAAGGAAGGAGCCUCUUGCAAGUGGUUUUGGGACAUCUGGAAGAAGUGCAUUCACUGCACCACUUUCUGGGUCUUCAGGUGCCCCAGCCCAGUCCACAACUGAGGGAGUAGAGAAGACUCUCUCAGUGCCCAUGAAAAUGGGACUAAGUGUUCCUUUACACAAUCCUCAAGAGAUGGAGUGAAGCCUGAAGGAGUCAUGAGUCAGAAGGAUGCUCCUGUGAGAUUUGACAGAGACAGAAGCAAGCCUCCAAGGGCACUGAUAUUUGCCCAAUUCCACCACCCACCCCACCCCCGCCCCCUGCCAAUUCCUUAGAAAGCUGCAUUCCCGCUUCCAAGGUCCCAGCUCCAGUCCAUCCUCCCUUUCCAGCUGGGCUCUAGCCACCCAUCUUGCUUUCUUCCCACAGUCUCCAGGACCUCUGUCCCAGCAUCGCCCAGGCCUGCUUUUGCAAUUCACCUGGGGCCUUUCAUUUCCCCAGUCUCCUCCCUGUCUGUCUCUGCCACAGUCCACACUGGUGGCCACUCCCUGUUUCCUGAAAUAUUCCUCCCCCUGCCUGAUCCACACCCCUGGGAUCUUCUGGUCCCCUGAUCACAUUCUCUCCACUCUCUCUCUCUGCCUCCUGUGCAGGUGCCUCUAUGGUCUUCAGUGUCCCCAAGGUUCUUUUCUUAUCUCAACUUGCCACCCAAUCUCAGCCACUCCAAAUCAUCAUAAUGACCACUUGUACAUAAAUGGGUCCCAAAUAUCUGUCUCUAGCUCCAAAUGUGUGUGAUCACCCUCCCCUGGAUGACCUCAGACACCUCAAAUACAAGCCCUCCAGCCUCCUCCAAAGUCAUGUCCUCUACUUCUUGCAGGCAUGACAAACCCACUGAUGCUGAAGCUUCAGGCUCUCAGAGGCUCUGGGCCUGCCUGCCCUUUCUGCUUGCCAUUAUCUUCCCAAGACCUCCUUCCAAGACCCCUGGCUCAGAAUUAAGCCCUGAGUGGCCCUCAGCCUCUCUGGUAGUUCACAUCAAGGUCAUCCAGGCUUAGAGUUCACCAAUAGAAUCCAUAUCUUCAUCCACUAUGAGGAAGUGGGCUGUCUGACCCCAGGCUACUCAAGACUAGGUGUGAGCAUUCAUUAAAUCCUGGAUCGAUGGAGUUGCCCCAUUACCCUUUCCUGCCACACUGCUCCAGUGCCCACCUGAUGGCUGGCCAACAUCACUGUCUUUGUAAGACCCUCCCUACAGCCAGUUCUACCAGUCCUCAAGGAGCUAGAGCCUGCAUCCUUCUCCAGCCAGAGAGCCAGCUACACCCUGUUCUUCUGAAGAAAGAAGUCUCCCGCUCCGCAUGCCCUGCUGCCCAGGCCCCGCCUGAAGCCCCACUCUGCAAGCCGCUCACACCAGCAGCAGCACUACAAGCCAGGCCCUUAGUCCCUCUGGUUCCAGGCGCUGACAGGUCCUGGGGAAAGUUUUUGGACCUCAGUGACUUGUCAGAACUCAACUCCUCUGUGCCCUCCUGACCCCGUUUCUAUUCCCAUCCUGUCAUACCCCCAGGGGGUUACAUGUUCACUGUCCACUUGGAAAAGAAUUUCCUUUUUUUUCUUCUUCUUGCAGCUCCAAUGAAGCACAAAACCAGAUGCUUAUAAAGGCUAAACCCGUCCCAUAGCCUCUCAGCUCAGAAUAGCUCUCUAGAGAGCCCAGUGGAUCCAGGUGGUGCUGGGGAUGGUAACUUUGGGAAGAGGGGCUGCACUCAGCUCUCCUGAAGGUCUAGGCUGUCACUUCUUCCCUUCCCCAUCCAACACUUUGAGGGAGCAGGGAAACAAAGAAACUGUUGAACAAGACCCUGGCCUACAUUCUCAAAUUGCUCUUGUCUAGAGAAAAAUGAAGCAGGAAUUGCAGGGUGAACUUGGAACCAAGAAGAAAUAUAGGAACUGGGACCACAACAGGCUGAGCUUUUAGAGCCAGGAGCUAGAAGGAAGGACACAUUGGAAGAGGACUUCACCCACGACAUUUGUGGAUAUUCCUUCCAGGAGUUUGACAUUCAUGUGACUCCAUCAUACUGUUCGCAUCCACCUUCUUCUGUCCUGCCAGAAACCAUAGGACUCUCAGCUUCCAUUCCAGAGACAAGCCACAAAGGCUAUGGUUCACUGGCCAGCCUAUGGAUCGACUAAUUAGAAGUCAGGUCUGAACAUCUGGGCAGGCAGAUAGGCAUGAGAUGAAGAACAUAGUACAAAACACAGCUGCCUGGGUACCAGUGUCUGUGAGUAGAGUAAUUCUCCUGGAUGGGGGAGGGGUGAAGCAGAUAACGAAAGACAUAAGCGCCCUGGAUAUGUUGAAAAUGUAGCUGCAAGUAAUAAGGAAGCUGCUUAAACACUGGUUAUUGUUUUUCUCACUUCACAACAGAUGAACUAGGUCAUUUCUGGUAUUGUCAGUCACAUACCCAAGCCCUUUCUAUCUUUGCUUCACAAUCUUUGCUGUGUUGGUUUUUAUCCUCCUUGUCACUUCACCAUGAUCAAUGGUACCAUAGUUCACACUCAUAUUCAAGGCAGAAAAAAAAGAGAAGGGUCUGGGCUAUGGCAUCUGCCUCUUUUUAUCAACAUAGUAAAAGUUUUCCCCAAACCACCCUUCCCCAGCUUACCUCCAGAAGCGGAUGUCAUGACCACCCUGCAAGGGAGACGGGUAACAUAAAAAACAAGCCAGAGUGAUAGGUCUGCAAAGUGGGCCAAAUUUAGCCUACCACCUGAGUCUGUAUAAAGACUAUGAACUAAGAAUGGGUUUUACAUUUUUAAAUGGCUGAGGGUGAAAAAGGUCAAGAGAUUAUUUCGUGAGAAGUGUAUUAUAUGAAAGUCACCCCUUGGCCCACAAAGCCUAAAUUUAAAAAAAAAAAAAAAUUGUCAAAAAGUUUGUUGAUCCUGCUUUAGGGCAACGUGAAUCAUUGCCUCCCAUGGAAACCACUGCUACUCUGAAGAAAAUCACAAUUCUGGCAGCAGGAGGAAGCAAUGGAUAUCAUGCAGGCAGCGCUCAGUGUCUGUCUCAUAGGCCAGUCACCACAAUACAAGCCUUUGCCAGCGAUCUAAUCUGCAAUAGCAUAAGCUAAGAGCGCCCCCUCUCAUCAGGAAGCUAACCAAGGGGGUUUUUUAGGAAGCCCUCUACCUCAAGGAAAUGGCAACCCACUCCAGUGUUCUUGCCUGGAGAAUCCCAGGGACAGGGGAGC